AUGAGAUCGCUGACCUACGGUGUGAACUCGGGAAUGAUCUUGCCAAUCCACUCAGUGGAAUUCCGGGCUGUUUUCAAAAGCCGAAAAAGCAAAAUAUGGCUGCCCUCCGCCCAGAGGGAGCUGCCAGAGCUAAUGAUCGCCAUCGCCAAUGCGAGCAUUAAGAGAACAACUCGCUGCCUAAUCGAAUGGCAACUCCACACUAUGACUCGUCCUGCAGAGGCGGCUACGACGUCCUGGGCUGACAUCGACCUCGAUAAGAAAACUUGGACGAUUCCAGCGAGGCGCAUGAAGAAGCGACGCGCACAUGUCAUUCCGUUGACCGAGCACGCGCUUGCCCUGCUAGAGACGAUCAAACCCUACAGCGGCCACAGAGAGUACGUGUUCCCUGCUGAUAGAGACCCGCGGACCCACUGCAACAGCCAGACGGCAAACAUGGCCCUGGAAGCGCAUGGGCUU